AUGGAUAUUGUGACGGACGUCCAAGCGAGCGGGCACCAUCUUGAUAGUCCAGAAAAAAGCUCGAGUCCCGAAUCUCAUCGGCUCAUGGGGAGUUCCCAGUCUGCGAAUCAAUACACCAUCGAUGCACCAGGUAUCGCCACGCGUCAAGUCACAUCUACUGAAGUUGGCGCUUCAAACCCACUUCAAGAUCAAACUGCGUUAGAAAGAUCUCAGGAAGCGGUGCUACCUUAUCAAGGGCUUGUAACGAAUAGGGAAAGUCGUAUCAACUUGGACCAAGCCGGUCGAUCCGAACAUCAAAAGGUGCUCACAGAGUUCAAUGCCAAGCACGGAUUGAUCGCUCUUCAAGUCAGAGUUCAAUCGUGGGUGAAAGCUCAGACCACGCAACUCAUCUUCAACAAAGACUUCGCGAGUUCACCUCUCUCUUGUGGAUUUUGA